UGGACGCUCAAGCCGAUUAGGAACGGCCACCGAGCCUCCGCCGCAAUCUGCGCCGCUCCUCACACCGCGCGGCCACAGCUGCGGCUGAUGUUUGCGCGUCUGCGCUGCAGGAUGCGCAGAUCUGCGCAGAUUUUCUGAACUUUACAAACUCUUUCGUGGAGAAACAGCGUGGACUUUUUAAGGGAUUUGGUGAAGAACAUUUCUCUUCUUUUUGUCAGAGGGACCAACUGCUUGUGAAGGUUUUUAAGGUGGUUUUUUAGUCAAAUAUCAAAUGUCUUUUGCAUCAAACGGCGUCAGCAGCUGAACUUUGCUGCAGACAUCCAUCUUUCCGUUCAGGUUCAUCUCAAAGUCCAGACAUGACCAGCCCGGCCAGGACCGCCGCAGAGGAGCAGAAGGUCGUCGGGGAAAGUCCGUCCCACAAACCGGAGAUCUCCAGGUACCGCAGCUGGAGCAGCCUCCGCUUCUCCAGGUGGAGGAGCGGUUCCCAGCGGACCACCCCUCCAGCCACCCCUUCUCCAAAGACAGAAAAGAGGGCCGACGUGUCCAGGACGCUCUUCUCCUUGGUCAAGACCCACAACGAUGACUACACGGCCGACCCCGACGGCCUGCUGGACGUCCACGGCGAGGGCGAAGGUGGUGGCGUGGACGAGAUCCUUCAGGACCAGCCCACCUACUUCCAGAAGCAGCUGGGCUCGUUGCUGCAGCCCGGCAUCAAUAAGUUCUCCCUGCGCAUGUUUGGCAGCCACAAAGGGGUUGCUGCUGAGCAGGAGAGGGUCAAGAGCUUUGGAGUGUGGAUCAUCCACCCCUACAGUGACUUCAGGUUUUACUGGGACAUCGUGAUGCUCCUGUUGAUGAUGAGCAACCUGGUGAUUUUGCCCUGGGGAAUCACCUUCUUUGAGGACCAGAACACGCUGCCCUGGAUCGUCUUCAACGUCCUGUCUGACACUCUGUUUCUCAUGGAUCUCAUCUUCAACUUCCGCACCGGCAUCCUGGUGGAGGACAGCCACGUCAUCCUGGACCCCAAAGAGAUCCGCAUGCACUACAUCCAGACCUGGUUUCUGGUCGACUUCGUUUCCUCCAUCCCGGUUGACUACAUCUUUCUGGUCGUUGAUCUGGAGGGGCGGCAUGAGUCGUCGGACGUGUACCGCACCGCCCGCGCCCUCCGCAUCGUCCGUUUCACCAAGAUCCUCAGCCUGCUGCGCCUGCUCCGCCUGUCCCGCCUCAUACGAUACAUCCAUCAGUGGGAGGAGAUCUUCCACAUGACGUAUGACCUGGCCAGCGCCGUGGUCCGGAUCGUGAACCUGAUCGGGAUGAUGCUGCUGCUGUGCCACUGGGACGGCUGCCUGACCUUCAUGGUGCCCAUGCUGCAGGACUUCCCUCCAGACUGCUGGGUGUAUAGAAACAAUAUGGUGAAUGCCACCUGGCACAUCCAGUACUCCUACGCCCUUUUCAUGGCCAUGAGCCACAUGCUCUGCAUAGGAUACGGCGCCAACCCCCCCGAGGGCAUGAGUGACGUCUGGCUCACCAUGGUCAGCAUGGUGGUGGGAGCCACCUGCUACGCCAUGUUCUUGGGUCACGCCGCCAACCUGGUGCAGUCUUUGGACGCGUCGCAUCGGCAGUACCAGGAGAAGUACAAGCAGGUGGAGCAGUACAUGUCCUUCCACAAACUGCCCGCAGACGUGAGGCAGAGAAUCCACGACUAUUACGAGCAUCGCUUCCAAGGAAAGAUGUUUGACGAGGACAGCAUCCUGGGAGAGCUCAGCGACCCUCUGAAGGAGGAAAUCGUCAGCUAUAACUGUCGCGGGCUGGUCGCCAACAUGCCGCUCUUUGCCAACACUGACCCUCAUUUCGUGACGGUAAUCCUGACCAAGCUUCGCUUCGAGGUCUUUCAGCCCGGAGAUUUCAUCAUACGAGAAGGAACGCUGGGCCGCAAAAUGUACUUCAUCCAGCACGGCACCGUCAUGGUGAUUCCACGCGGAAGCAAGGAGAUUAGACUCAGCGAUGGAGCAUAUUUCGGGGAGAUCUGCCUGCUGACUCAGGGACGCCGCACGGCCAGCGUGAAGGCAGAGACCUACUGCCGCCUCUACUCCCUGAGUGCAGACGACUUCAACGAGGUCCUGGAGGAGCAUCCUCUGAUGAGGAGGGCGUUUGAGAGCGUGGCGGUGGACCGCCUGGACAGGGUUUCUCGACGGUCCAGCUAUCAGCCCCCAACCGACCCCGAGUGACCCCCCCCCCCCAAAAACUGUCACAAACGCCAGUUUCCAGCUUUUGGCUUUGGAGAAAAUCCAUCCAAUAAGAAAGAAAUCCUCCAUUCAUUUCAAACAUACCAUAACAACUUUAGUGCACAGAGAAACCCAAACGCUUAUGAAGAAUAUGAAUUUUGUUAAAAAAUGGGACACAAUCUGUCGAUUCUAUUUACUUGAAUGGGAUCAGACUUUAUGGGAGUAUUAAGGACACCAUAAAAGAAGAUAAACAGGAGAACAAAAUCCUAAAAUCGUAAGAAAAAGGUCAAAAUGUACUUCAUGAAGUCGCAUAUUGAUUAUUUAGAAUAAUAAUUAUGAAUAUAACAACCCUUCCCUGCAACAUAAAUUAAACAGGAAAUGAUUUAUUGUCUCUGUUAAAACAUUUUAAAAGCUAAAUAUAACAUUUUAUUUAAAAAAAGGAUGACCUUUUCCUUCUCAAACUACGACUUUUUGAAAUACAAUUUUAGAACAUUAAUUUUUUUUUAAUAAUUGCACAAUUUUCUUCUCUCCUCAUUAAUAUAUGAUCUUUUCUUUUAUGUUCUGUGGUUAAAUGCUGGCGCCUGUCUUUUUGUUGCUCAUGGGUUUUCAGUCAAAGCGUUUCUCUGAGAAGAAUCCUGUGCAGUUGACCAUUUUGAUGAUUUCACAAACUCUUUUCAUCGAUAAAGUUUGACGUCUCUGAAAAAUUCAAACAGUUCGGCUCCACCAGGCUGAAGGUGAGGAGCAGCAUCUUCAUCUUCAGCACUCGCCUCUGCUAUUCAGAGGAGUUCAUGUCUGAUGAGAGUCGAUGCGGAAAAUUAGCUGUAAAUGUAACUUUGACUGUGUUUAUUCAUAUUGUUUACUUAUUUAUAUUCCCAUUAUAUUGUUGUUACAUCUUUUAAUUUUUAAAUAUAAUUUAAAAGAAGAUUUUGUUCUGACCCUAAAACUGAUCACUAUUUGUCUCAAGUGUCAACACGUUUAUUCUGUUUAUAGUUAGUAAUUUAUGCAGAAAUAUUUAAAGUUCUCUGAGGCAAGCUCCAUAAAAAUGUGUAUAUCAUUUGUAGACUACAUGAAUUAUGCUUUUUAAAACAGACUGUUUAACUUUAAACCUGAAGAAACUAUAUUAAAAUGGGUGAUUGCAUUUCUGUAACAACUAGCAGCCAAUAAUUUUUACUGAUAACUAAUAUCAAUGAACAGUUUUUCUAUUCACUCUGUUAUUGUUUUGGCAUUAGGAUCUAUCAUCAUAAACUUGUAAACCUGGUUGUUUUUUGCAGCAGUAUUUCUGAAAUCCCUGUGAAUGUGUUCAGCUCUAAAGACUCUUGUAAAUCACAUUUGUUUAAAGCUAAAAUGCUUUUUAUGAAGUCAUGUACAUAUAAAUAUUUAUGCCCAGAAAACAUAAAUAUACUUUUAUUUUCUCCUA